AUGUCGGGCCCCAACGGGGACCUGGGCACGCCGGUGGAGGCGGGCGCGGAAGGCGAGGAAGACGGCUUCGGGGAAGCAGAAUACGCUGCCAUCAAUUCCAUGUUGGACCAGAUCAACUCCUGUCUGGACCACCUGGAGGAGAAGAAUGACCACCUCCAUGCCCGCCUCCAGGAACUGCUUGAAUCCAACCGGCAGACUCGCCUUGAGUUCCAGCAGCAGCUUGGGGAGACCCCGAGUGAUGCCAACCCCUAG